CUACAUUAAAUCCCUCCCACUGGAACAGCCGGCUCCAGUUUCAGUGAGAGCGAGCGUGAGAACAGGUCCUGCUCCGGCCAGGCAGCCACAGCCACGGCUUCCACCUCCCAGCCUCUGCUCCCAGUCCCCAAAUGAACGAGACUUCCCUGGUCACACCCACAGCCCGUGGAGCCGGCUUCAAGUAAAAGCACUCAGACAGGAAAGCGAAGGAGAAGCAGUGACCUGCUUCCUUAAAAAUCACCAAAGCUGAACUACGCAGGAGCCAGCAGGGCUCAGACGCCAAACCGCAGAGGGAAAAUGAGCCUUCUCAAAGAGCGAAAACCAAAAAAGCCACAUUACAUCCCCAGGCCCCCAGGAAAGCCCUUCAAGUACAAGUGUUUCCAGUGUCCCUUUACUUGCAACGAAAAGUCACAUCUUUUUAAUCACAUGAAAUACGGCCUCUGUAAAAAUUCCAUCACUUUAGUGUCCGAGCAAGAUCGCAUUCCCAAGUGUUCCAAACCGAACUCUUCAGACCCUAAGCCAACCAAUCAGUCCGACCCCAUGGCAAAGCCCACCUCCUCCAAGCCCGUCCCAAGUGGGCUCUCACACCUGGACACCAAGCUCCAACAUGGCCUCGCCAAGGAUGACAUCAAGGAAAAUGUGGACCUGCAUGCGUGCGGGCCCCACAGGUGCCCCGGACAGAAGCCCACUCUCCACAAGGAAGCAGCACCCCUGAGUCCAGCUCCAGAAGCCACCGCGGGCACCCAGCCUGUGCUGGAAGGCACUACCCGGCCUUCAGCAUUCAUGCCAGUUGGCGAGCACAGACUCAAAGGGCAGGAACUCACCGAGGCUCCUGAAGCGCUGACCCUGACCCAGCCCCCAGCCAAAGCUGCCUCCUUCCACACUAAGUCUGCCUUUCAUGCCCCUGGCUAUGCGUGGAAAGCUGGCUCACCUUUCCUCACACCUGAGUUUCCACAUAAAAUCCCAUCCACAAAGGGGUUUGGUGCCACUUCGCCGUACGUGCACCCCACCAUCGCAGAGUACCCGCCUCACUUUUACACAGAGCACGGACUGGCCACCAUCUACUCACCGUACCUACUCGCAGGGAACUCGCCCGAGUGUGACAGCCCCCUGCUGUCCAUCUACGGGGCCCAAGACCAAAGACAUUUCCUGCCUCACCCAGGGCCGAUCCCUAAGCACCUGAACCCAGCUCCAUCCACAUACGACCAUUACAGAUUCUUCCAGCAGUAUCACUCCAAUCUGCCGAUUCCUUAUGGAUUUUAUAGACCAGAGUCUGCAUUUUCCUCCUACGGCCUCAGACCCCCACCCGUUGAUGGUAUUUCACAAGAUCAAAGCUCACACCUACUGGAAGAAGCUGCCCUGGCCUACCCGGCCUGGAGUCCAUCCAAGUUAAACUCCCACAAAAAACACACAGAGUUUGAGAAAGAGAGUCUGACUCCCGAGGCUAAAGACCUUUCCAGAGAUGGGCAGAGGGACACGGAAGGGACCAAAAUGAGCCCACGUGCAGGCAGCGCAGCCACAGGCUCCCCGGGAAGGCCGAGCCCCACCAAUUUCACGCAGACAAGCCAGCCCUGUGCCGGGCUGUGCAGCCUCUUGGACAUGCCGGCCUCUGGUGCCCCAGGAAGUCUCCAUCCACCAGAACAGAGCCUCACAGCCUUCAAGCCUGUCAAGAAGAACACGGAGCGCCCACAUUCCCAGGCCCCAGAAAACAGAGCUGCAUCUCCAGAAAGCCUCGAGGCCGUGAACGCAGAUGCUCUGGCUCAGAUGGGGAGCCUGGAAGCUGCACCCUCCAGCCCAGAGGACGACUCCAGGGCAGCCCCUCUGAACCUCUCCACGAAACCAGAAGCUGAGCCGGCCACUAUACACACCACUGCCUAUGGAGAAUUUGUGGAGCCACAGGACGCGCCCCUCAACCUCUCGGUGAAGGACCCCUGCAACGCCCUGACUUCGAGGCCCUCUGUCCGCAGCCGCCCGAGAGGGGCCGAACCCGCGGCUGCCCCCACCCCAACUCCUGCUCCGCAGUUGGAGACAGCAAGUUCUGGGGCCGGGCCCGACCCCAGCUCUGUGGAGAUCCCUGUGCCCAGCCCGGCUGGGAAGGCCCAGGACACACGCUCAGCUGACAGUGACGAGCAGAAGCAGACUGCGGCCGUCGCCCUCUGCCAGCUGGCGGCCUACAGCCCAGGGAACGUCGAGCCCGCUGCCCAGGAGCCUGCCUGCCAGGUAGACGCACCCACCCCCAGAGCCCCUGAGAGCCAGGAGGCUCAGUGCGACCUCAGACCCAAAGGGCAAAAGAGGACGAGCCCCAGGGAUGCAGGGAAGGCCCAGCAGGGAACCAAGAAGGCAAAGCCCAGCGACACAGCCAGAGUGUUCACACUCCGGAAAAGAACGCGGGUGUCUUAGAGCCACCUCUGGCCAGCCACAGGCUGCAGCCACAAGCACGCCUUCCGGUGCAGGCGAGACAGCAGCAAACCUCCAUCUGGCCCUUGCUUUUUUAUCUGGUACAUUUUUACAACGCAGUUUUCUUCUUCUCAACAAAAAAAUUAAACUAAACCUGCAACUCAAUUCAGUUUUGUAAAUACUAAGCAUGAACACUAAAAGGUGCUUCUACUUCUGGUUGUAAAAUACUUGAAUGACUCACACUGUAGGACCUGAUGAAAUGCAUAGGACUAAAAGGUAACUUUUAGGUGUUAGCAUCUUAGAGGAAAUCUCUUUAAAACAUUUUUCUUAUAAAUAUCUCAGCACUAGAACAAAUUGUUUUAACUGUUUUUCUAUUAAAUCUACUGUGUGUUUUGAA